UUUAAUACGGGUCGCGUCGGUGUUUUUCGUCAAUGAAAAGCUAAAGUUUGCUAACCAGCUGGCCUCGUCACAAUAAGCACAAAGAAGCUCCUUAUUUAUUGUGGUGCUUGACUCGAGGUAACCUAUUGAACGAUGUAAUUUCACCAUUUUUGGGAGGAAUCGUGGCCCUGCAGUCAGUCCAGUUUGCGUUUGCUAGCUUAAAUAGUCCGGCUACAUCUAUUAGAUCGGUACUAACGUUAGCUAGCUGUAUUAAAGUACAGCAGAUUAAGGCUGGGUAGCUAGACAGAUGGCUAACGUUACCUAGCUACAGACUGUCUGUCUGAAAGUUAACCCAGCCCAAUAUGAGAUGGUAUUAAAUAUGUGAAUCGACAUGUUCAAAAAUCUGACAAAGGUUAACGUAGGCGUUAGCUGAGGACGAUGCCAUAGCUCCACACGUAUGGUGAGGAGAAGGUGUCCCAUGCUGCAUUAGUGGAAUAGUGACAUGCUGGCCUGUCUGCCAGCAUCAGGUGACCCUACCGUCAGACUUCUCUCCCGCACGCAGAUGAACACUGGACUUCAGAAAUGGGAAACUACACAGAAGAUGAGAUCUGCCAGCUAUCCAACCCCAGCAGAGUUGGAUGCCUAUGCUAAGAAAGUUGCCAACAACCCUUUGACCAUCCAGAUCUUCCCCAACAGUGUCAAAGUACCUCAAAGGAAGCACAUUCGCCGUACUGUCAACGGGCUUGACACAUCGUUGUCCAGCCAGCGCCACAGUUCCUAUCCCUCUCAGGUCAGCUCCAGUAGGGGCCUGCUGGCUGUCCUCCGUGCGCCUGCCAAAGGUGUCGUCAAAGAGUCAGACGGUAGCCGCACCCGACAGCUUCAGAAGGCCGUCAUGAACCCUCACAGCGGGCCGUACGCCACUCAAAGCACUUUAAAUCUUCCUCAACCUGCUCCUCACCUACAGGGCCCGUCUCAGCCUGUGGCCCAGGCUGCCCAGAAGCAGGGCAUGGUUCUCCCACAGGCGCUACAGCAACAGCAAAGCAUGACUCAUCCAAUGACUUUACAGCAGCCUCAAACUAUGCCUCACCCACAGGCUUUACAGCAAAGGAACAUGGCUCAUUCACAAGCCCUGCAGCGGCAGCAGAGCUUGUCCCAGGUUCAGACUUCACAGCAGCAAAGAUUGGCUCACCCACAAGGCAUACAGAGGCAGCAGAGUGUGCCUCACCCCCAGGCCCUACAGCAACAGCAGAGCCAGUCUUGUCCACCAGUCGUACCACAGCAGCAUCUGUCUCAUCUGCAGACACUAAAGCAUCAGACGGCUCCUCCGCAAGCUUUACUUACACAACAAGGAGUGACUCAGGAUCUGCGCCACAUGUCUGAUGCAGCUCAGCUUCCGAGCAUGCAGCACACCCAGGGGCUAGUUGGCUCACAGCCCCUUCCCCAGGCUGUGGGUGCAGGUCCUCCUACCAUGCCUAAUAGCCUCCAGCAGCCCCCACCAGGGGCAUACGGGCCCCGGAAGCUCCCUGACGCAGAUGCCCCACCAAAUGUAACUGUAUCUACCUCCACCAUCCCACUGUCCAUGGCAGCCAGCCUGCAUCAGAACCGGCCUGGUGACCUGAGCAGCAUUGUGCACCAAAUCAACCAGUUGUGCCAGGCACGGGCCGGCAUGGGCACCACCUCAGUCUGUGAGGGUCAGAUCGCAAACCCCAGCCCCAUCAGCCGCAACCUGCUGAUCAACGCCAGCUCAAGGGUGUCCUCUCACCACCCGGCUCUGGGUUCUGUGCCCAGCUGCCUUAUGCUGGGUCCCCUAGACAAAGCUACAGCUCAGACUCCCAAUGCUGCUCUCCAUUCACAGCCCAAUAUAGUGGCUACUAAUAAUAUACCUGCCUUUCACACAGACCCAGAGAAGGUACAACUGCAGCAGCAGCAACUUCAGCACCAUUUACAUCAGCAGAAACAACAACAGCAGCAGCAACAGUUACAGCAGCAGCAACAUUUACAACAACUGCAGCAGCUGCAGCAGCAGCAGCGCUCCUGGGCCCAGCAUCAACUGGCCCACAUGCAGCAGCCGCCGGAGGGGGCCCAUCCCUGUAAGAACCCAAGGAUGGAGCCUCCAACUGAGUGUGCUUUCCCAUCUCGAAACCUCAGCUAUUCCCACAAGCUACCCAACACGGCACAGUCCUUUCCUCUAAAGCACCCUGCAGAAAAAACACGACCUUCAUCCCCUGUUAACUGCCCACUAGGUUCUAUGCCUUACAUUAAUGGCCACUACAUGCAGCCACCGUGGGGCAGCAUCCCAGCCACAGCAGGUAACAAUGUAUCUGGCCCUCAGGACCUCCCAGUGGCUUUCCAGGGGGGGCAGGCUGCUGCCUCCACAGACCGCAUCCCAGGGGCAAAGUACAGGCCAGGGAAAGAGGGUCCUACUGGUCAGUCAAAGUUAAUGCAGAAUGUGGAUUUCUUAGGAGGGGACUUCCAGAUGCCCAGCUUUCAGGAGCAAAACAUGGGUGUGAUGGAGAAGAUGCACAGGUCAGCCAUGGGCCAAGUUCAGGAGCCCAACAACGGCGGAGGUGUCCACACUCAUCACCCAGGCUACCGUUAAAGCGUGAGCUUAUCCCCCCCCUUGGUGUGUUUUGAGUUUUUCUCAACAGCUACUUUCAGCUUCUGUGGUUCAUUCUUUAAGAUCUUGCAAGUGAUCAAUUACAUUUUACUGCUUCAGAGCUUGAUUUAUAGACCCACCAGGUUGUGAUGUUUCCAAGUAUUCCUCAGGUCUUAAGCCAUGUCGUACCUUUGUUGCAGAUGAAGGGUUUUUGAGAUUGUUGUCCAAUGUUGAGUAGAAUUCCUCUUUUCAUCACUGGCAUGGAUGUGCUGCUCUUUGUUCAUUUAUAUAUGGUGUUCUACAAUAUUCAGCUGCAGCUGAGAAUAUGCUUGCCAUGUGAUUGUCACAGUGCUUUUCCUUGGUUGAGAUGGAACAACUCAUCUUUUUUCAGCAUUUGUGGCCUUACAACUGCCCAAAGGCAAGAUUUAGGAUGUCCUUGUGUAAUGUUUUUAUUUGCAAUUAUUUAUCCUCUUAACAGGUUUGUGAUCCAUUUUAAAUAAGAAGGUUACAUGUAUAUGCAAUUAAUACGACUGUUGAAAGGUUUUUGUCCCAGGAGCUCCCUCCCAUAUUUGAGGUGUACACUUGUUAAUGGGCUUAAAUGAGAACCACAACUCUAUCAGGAAUACAACAUGGCUUCUGAACUGCGCCGCGAGUGGUCCAGGUAGUUUUUGCGUCGUUCCAUGGGUGAUCAGUGUGCAAAAACGGCUAACUAUCACUGUUACGCAGAAUUUUAGUAAAAAAUACGACAAAGCCAGCACUAGCAAAAACAGUAACAUUCUCCAUUUCUGAGAUUCAUGUAGUUUCUCAAGUUGCAAGUAGUUUUUCUUACAUUUGGAAAGUCUAAAGUGCCCUCUUGUGUGUAAUAUUUCAAGAAUAGCUUUUGAAGUAGUUAUUUUAUUACAGUUUUUGUCGUAUUUCUGUCCUACUACUACCUUUAGAAAUUUCUUUUUAAAUGUUAUGCUUAACAUUUGGCAAAAGGAGCAAAAACUCCCAUUAACCCCUAUUUGUCUAUAGCUAAUGUGAAACAGAAUGGCAUAUGUAUGUCAUUAUGUGAAAAGCAAAUUGAUCACUUGCAAGCGUGCAAGUACUUAUAAUAAUGCAUACUGGGAAAAUGCUUAAUUUCCCCUUGAACGCAUUUCCUCACCACUUUACUACUGUAAUGCAAGUGAACUGAUGUGGUGUGGACAUAAUCUGUGUGGCUUGUGGUGGGCUGUUAAUCUACUAAUCACUGGCCUUACCCUGUGUUGUAUUUCUGCUACCUAUAAAGAAAAAAAAAAAGUAAGAACAUUUAAUGCAGGUAAUGUUUUGCUAGAUUUGUCUAGCAUGAAGCUCUGGACCCAUUUCCUCCUCUAGUCCUUUUUCGGGUUGAUGUUGUCUGGGCAUAUAUUGCUCUGCUAGCCUCAAGCCCUCUGGAAAAAGCCUUAAAUGUCACAGUAGUUAUCCCCUACUUAAUACUUAUCUUAACUGAUUUUCUUUGCCAGGAUCCCAACUUAAGUAUGGCUUCAUUGUGAGAAAGAGUAAGUUAUUUUUUUCUUUGGUUCAUUUGAAAUCUGUUAAAACUGUACUGUACUACCUGUUGACAAAUCACCUAUCCUACUGUCUCAAAUGUUGCCUAUCUAUCAAGGAUUUAAGAUGAUUUUUAAGAGUAAAAUAUGAAUAGUAUUUAGCAAAAUUAAUAGGUAUGUAGAACAGGGCUGUAGCAGUUAUUUUAAAGUAUUUGGACUGUGUUUUAGUUGUUAUACUUAAUAAAUAUCCUUAUAUAGUUUCUUAAUUUAUUUUUUUUUGGACCACUGCAUCCUGAAGCCAUAGGUGUUUUCACAUUAGGUGCCAUAGGUGACACACAUUGACGCAGACAGUGUAAACUGAGUUGUCUGCACUCAGAGGCAAAUAAGAGGUUUGCACCCAUGCUUUAAUCUGAUGUCUUUCAUAGCGCUGAGCAUGUCUUCUCUGAAUCAUUCUCAGAAUACAGUACAGGUUAAAAGGGAGAAGAUACGUUAUCUUCAGAGAAAGACAGCUGAGAUGCAAGCCGUAGCUUUUCUGGAUUUUGUUCUUCUUACUUGAUGGCAGUUCAUUUUAUUUUUUUCCAUGGCUCUCAUUUUUGAUGUGCCUGCCCCUUAAAGCUGCUAUUGACUUUAAUCUUAACACACACACUAGUAUGAUUUGUGUGUAUGAAUAGUAAUGAUGUAUGGGCUGUAUCAGUGAAAAUAAGUUCCUAUUUAUGGGAUGGGCGCAGGGCGACCACUCAAAUGCUGGUAAAUUUGUUAAGGUCUAUUCUACCGGCUAUAUUUGGAGAUUAUUCUAAAUAUAUAAUAACUGACCAGUAUUCAAUGUGGCAGAGUGAUUUUCAGGAGUCUCACCCACUGUGGCCUAAAGACAGACACCUUCCAGGCCUGUUUGGGUUUCCUACCUUUAAAUCAACACUAAACAAUUCGACAGACCGGCCCUGUUUAUUUUGAACUGCCUCUUUACAGCCCGACAUAGUCAGGUUCUACAGUUUCAUAUGAAGUGCCUCCACUGGGCUUAGUAUGGAGAAAUGUGUGAAUGGGUGCUUGCGUGUGUGUAUGUUAAGCUUGGGUACUUGCACACAGGUGUGCACACUGACAAGGUGCACAAAGUUAAUCUCUGAUGGGGGACCAAGCUACUUAGUGUAACUACUGAUACUGUGUCAUGGACUGAAGUCCUGAGGUGUGCCACGAUUCCUAGACACUGUCGGGAUGUGUGAACUGUUUGCUGCUGACUCACUGACCAAAGUGACCAAGCGUCCCUCUCUGUAACCACCCCGGCCAAAAGCCUUGGCAAGCUUGUAUUGGGAACUUAUGUUCUAACAGUAAUAAGCAACAACCUGGUGACAUAAAGGAGAGCUGCUGCCCUCAUUUGGACGGUUAAAGAAAAUCUUGUGAAGUAAAAGUUUAAAGAUGUGAACAGAGCAUAAAAAAAAUCUAGAGUGAGUGGUUCCUGUCUGCACAGUACACCCCAAUUUCUUUUCAGAUUCAGAUGUUGUUCUAACCAGAACUUUGUAUGUUUUGUGGUUCUAUUUCACAAUAUUAUCAUCAUGCAAAAACAGUACAUGUCAAUAUGCACUGUAAGAAUAUAAUCUAUUUAAGCACAUUGUAGCUCAUCAUGUUAGUUAACUCAGAUGGCAAUAUUUAUUGGGGCACAGGUAUGUAACAACACUCUAGAUUUAUUUUUACUCCAAUUAAUAUGAUUAUCUUUGAUUGUCAAAGAUCUAUCAUGUUGUGAAUGGUGGUGGAGGGGGGCUUACUUUCUCUACUUUGUGAAAAUGUGAUACUCCAGUUUUGCCUAACCUUCAGGAAUAAAAUGUCUUGCACAAACAUUCCCCCUAACCAAAAUAAAGUUUGCAAACACAAA